GCCGGGCUCAUGUGGGAACCCCCCUGCUUUUGAGUCGUUUCACUGAAUUUGCAAGAUUUGCAGAAGCAAGACCACCCACCGGUGUACACACCUCAGCUACAUCUACCACCCCUGCUUUAGGGGGGAAAGGAGGCAGAGAUAAGGGAAGGGAGUGAGCUGAGAGAGCAGAAAGAGGAAGCAGCAUGUUUCUGAGCACUUCUGAUGUCAGGGGUUCUCUUUUUUUGUUUUGUUUAAUCAAAUAAUCAUGCGUUUGGAGGAACAUUACUCUCUUGGGCUGGCUGUCACUGGAAGAUGAUGGGAGCUUUUCUCAGAAUCAUGAGGCCUCAUCGAUGCUGGACCAUCCAGCAUGUGUCCAUCCUGGCAGGGCUGCUCCUCACCUUAAACGCUGACAGUGCUGGCUCUGACUGUAGUUUAGAAAUUAGAGUACGCCGCAACACCGUUUAUAAUGCCUCACUUGGACAAGAACUUAAGAUUCACUGCAGAGUUAUUUUUUGCAACAAUUCACCACCAGCAGUCACCUGGGAAAAACUUGGGAAAACAGAUGUUCCUGUCAAUGUCAGCCGUCACAUUAAAACAGAGUGGAAACCUGAAAACGAGUCGUCAGGGAUCUACUAUUUGAUCUUCAGCAAGAUUCAAAGAAGUGACUCUGGUCAGUAUCUGUGUCGAAGUGGAGGCAGUGUGGGUCAUAUAAUCAGUGUCAAUGUCAGUGAACACGGUGAAAUUCCCACAGUUACACAGAAUAAUGCUGCAGCCAGCACAACCUCUGUCCCUCGCACCCCAGAAGACUUGCUGCUGUACGUGUACUCUGCUGCUGGGAUCGCCACAUUCGUCAUCAUAGUGAUAAUCAUAUCUGUCAUAUCAAUGCGAGGCUGUAGAGGGAAGCCAAAGAAAGAGACUCAAACUGAAAAUCAGUACAUGGAGAUCCCCAUGGUGGAGCAGCCCUUUCCACAGGCCAGCUUCGAGCCCUCACAAAGAGGAAGCCCCUCCAUGCCGCCGUCUCGGAGAUCUACCAAGAGACAAACGCCGUCAAGGCAGCCCAAUGAGCUGACGUUACCGAGAGAUAACGAGCAGACUUAUGGUCAGAACCGAGUGGGCAGAGAGAGGCAGAGGACUACAGCGGAGGAGGACAGCAGUUCUGUUGUGUAUGCUGCUCUCAACCACGGGCUGCCUCAGCGGGCUCCUCGGCUACGGAUGGAAAUGGAGGAAAGCUCAGAGUACGCAGCCAUCCGAGUGGCAUAAAGACCCCAAACCUGCUGGACUAAAUCACACUAGAGGACCACUGAUGAACGCUGGAAACUGGUGCAACUCCAUCAGAGGAGCCUUGGAGGACAAUUAGCAGGGGAUGCAAAGACUCUCUCUGGAUUCAUAAAACUGAAUCAGGGCACUGACCAGCCCACCUAAUCUACCUGAGAGCCUGAAGCUUUGUUGAUAAUGUAAAUGCUACAGUCAGCACCCUCAGAGUUUGGUCAGUAUUUAAAAGCUCUGCACGCUUUCAUAGGUGGUUUUACUGAAGUUGUAGAUGUGCCUCUGUUCAGUUUGGGAUUUGGCCGAGCUAUGCUGACAUUCAUCACGUACCAAUAGGAACAGGUAUACUACAUCAUAACCAGCACUGUGCCAGUGUAGUGUGGUCUUUAUCCAUCUAUGUUUGACAUAUAUGGGCACGACAGGCACAGACCAUGCUAUGCAGUCAACCUGAGACCCCAAACAUUUGCCCCAUAACUUGUGUCAAAACUGCACCAACUAACCUGAAUCAACUAUAAAAUACAGCCUGCACCAACAGUAUGGACUCAUAUGCACACACAUCAAGAUGUUAUAGAACCAAACUGAAGACGUACUUUAAUGUCUUUUGAUUGAAAGCUGUUGCCUCAUAUGGUGCUUAAUACAGGUGUUCAGUGUCAUGCAGCAUCACAAGCAGAAAUCUCCAGGUACAAGUGCCAAAAACUACAGUUCAUCAAGCAGGUCAGUCCCUGUAGUUAAAAUGGUCGAGUUUACAGCAGGAAUAAACAUGGUUACAAAUGCUGUCAGUCUCUACAGCUCAUUCCUCAGUGUUUGUAUCAGUCACCUUUAAAUCUUAGUAAGGUUUGAAGUGGGUGCUGUUUUGUAAUGUUUAGCUUUCAGUUUUACCCACAGGUGCUCCAAAGAGUCUGCUGCACAGAGGUACAUUUUGUUUUAAGGCCAAAGUGGCAUCGAUUAAAGAUGGAAGUUAUCUGACUCCAAGUGUGAGGUGUUGAGAGAGCAUAGAUGCAGCACAUGUAUGAAGACCUUUUAAAAUAGAAAUAUAAGAUUAGCAGGACAUGACCAAACAUAAUCUCUAUGCUCCCAGAAGAUGUGCUGUUGACUUGCUAACACGACUGUGUGUGUUUUCUCUCACGACUGGCGUUUCACACUGAAAGUUUUGGUGUGUGUGUGUCUCAUUCCUGUGUGCUGCAGAGCUCCAGUGUUGCUACAAAACGAUGUAGAACAACCACACAAUUCCUCCGUUAGCAUGUUAGUUCACUAUCAACCUGCCAUUAAUCCUCAUUGGACUACUAAAGGUUUAUUAAUCUGCCACUAAAGUGAGUCCUCAGUGGUUUUCUUUUUUGUUACUUCUGUUUGAAUCAAAAUUGUUGAAACUAUAGUUUGUAGCUGCUGUGGGGAAUUACUGAGCCUUUUUUUAAACUGUGCAUUUGUGACCAUAUUAGACAAGAUUUAGAGCUUCAGCAGGGACGUGGCCUCAGAGCCACACAGGUACAGCAAAAUCAGACAGAGAGAUAAUCAUGGUUAUUUUGAGUGUAUUUAUUGAUAAGUCAGUCAGGAUCCUGUCCUCUGAGACGUGGGUGUGUACUCAGUUGUCAUGUCAAACUAAUUUUUUGGAGAUUUUUACGAUUGUUGAUGUUGAUUUGAAUGUUUCGUGUCAUGCACUCACUGUGAUGCUGUUCUCUUGCACAUCCAUGACUUGAAUUUACUCUUGUGAAACGUCACCUCUGAUAACAGUAAUGGUUAUUAAAUGGUUAUUAAACCAUCCUGCGGUCUGUGCUAUCAGCUGUCCUCUCACUUUCCGACUACACGAAUGACUAAUGACU